AUGGGGAUCCCUCGUACUUUUUUUCGCAAAUUGUUGACAUACGUAUCCUCUGAAGAUGAUAGCGAUGUUCUUAAUGAGGAGGUCGAUGGACAGUCAUCGAGGCAUUGCCCAAGUCGCCAACGUCGUAAUUUUAUUCGGCGUGAUCAUACUCAGGGGCACGAGCGCCUAUUUCGCGAUUAUUUUGCAGAAAAUCCAGUAUAUCCCUCGAAUCUAUUUCGAAUGAGCCGUCUCAUAUUUCUCCAUAUUCUAAAUGAGGUAGAGUCUUACGAGCCGUACUUCCUCCAAAGAAGAGAUAAUGCCGGAAGACUCGGUUUAUCACCUAUGCAAAAGAUAACUACAACACUUAGAAUGCUGGUGUAUGGUGUUACUGGAGAUUUUACGGAUGAAUACAUACGUAUUGGUGAAAGCACAGCAAUGGAGAGCCUCAAAAAAUUCUCUGAGACAAUAGUAAGUGUUUUUUCAGAUGAAUAUUUGCGGUCUCCAAAUGCCAAUGAUAUUGUCCGAUUGCUUGUGGUUGGUGAACAACGGGGAUUCCCAGGAAUGUUGGGAAGCAUUGACUGCAUACAUUGGAAGUGGAAAAAUUGUCCCGCAGCCUGGAAAUACGAGCGUGAUGAUAGCGAGGAUCCGAACAUUGAGUAUGAUCAACUUGAUGAUGAACUCCUGGUACUCUCGCGCAAUCAUACAACUGAACUUACGGAAUUCAUCCAGCGUCAUCAUCAAAUUAGAGACAGCUCGGGACAUCAUUAG